UUAGGAAGCUUUCCCUUGCCAGUCAUCACGCCUUGUAGCAGUGAGACAAUCAAGAACGAGGACUGUAAUGAAAACCACACAGCUUCAGCACAAAACAUUGGAAACAGUCUCUUGUCAGCUUCAGAGGGAUCCACACUAUACCUGAAUACAGAACAUAUGUCAAACUGUAACAGUGGGAGUAACAAACAGGCUAUGGGGGAUGAGUCAGAAUGUGAGGCUGAUAAAACCACAGACUCGAUGGUAUCCAGUCCAGCGAAUCUGGCCCCUGCCGAUUCACUCUGGAGCACGCUUGCUGAUGGCUCGGUGCUGCUCAGAACAGACGAGUCCUGUCCACAGACACCAAUCACAGUUCAUCAGAUGUUCAAAGCAUCUGAGGAAAAGUACAAGACCCUGUGCGCAUUAGCUAGCAAGAAGAAUGACAAACUGGAGAAGAUCACCUUUUCAGAGUAUUAUCAGCUUUGCAGGAGAGCAGCUAAAAGUUUUUUAAAGCUUCGUUUGGAACGGUUCCACGGUGUUGGGAUCCUGGGAUUCAACUCUGCAGAGUGGUUUAUUUCAGCAAUUGGAGCUAUAUUUGCUGGGGGCAUUGUGUCUGGAAUCUACACAACCAACUCUCCAGAAGCAUGUCACUAUGUUGCCCACAACUGCAAAGCAAACAUCAUCGUAGUUGAGAACCAAAAACAGCUAGAAAAAAUCUUGCAGAUCCAAGACAGGCUGCCCCAUUUGAAAGCCAUUGUACAAUACAGUGGUCCAUUACAAGAGAGACACCCCAACCUGUACUCAUGGGAGGAGUUCAUGGAGCUGGGAUCUGAUGUUUCUGAAAAACAGCUUGAUGAUAUCAUUAGCAGCCAAAAACCAAAUCAAUGCUGUGUGCUAAUUUACACAUCUGGGACUGCGGGGGCACCUAAAGGAGUGAUGCUCAGCCAUGACAAUAUUACAUGGACAGCAGCCCAUGCCAGCAGAGUAGGAGGCAUAGAGCCAGGAGAGAUAAAGCAGGAAUCCAUCGUGAGCUACCUCCCUCUCAGUCACAUUGCAGCUCAGCUUUACGAUCUGUGGACUGGUAUCCAGUGGGGGGAACUGGUGUAUUUUGCACAGCCUGAUGCUUUGAAGGGAAGCCUAAUCAAUACGUUGAAAGAGGCUUGCCCUACUUCACACAUGGGAGUCCCACGCGUGUGGGAGAAAAUAAUGGAGAAGAUAAAAGAGGUGACAGCUCAGGCUGGGUUUCUGAAAAAGAAAGCAUUAACAUGGGCCACAUCUGUCAGCUUAGAAGCCAACCUGAACUGGGCCAACAAGGAUGAAGCCAAACCCUUUCUGUUCACGCUGGCUGAUUACUUGGUGUUAGGAGCGGUCCGCGCUGAGCUGGGUUUCUCACACUGUGUGAAGUACUUCUCGGGAGCAGCGCCGAUCACACGAGAAACUCUCGAGUUCUUCCUGGGACUCAACAUCUUCCUGUAUGAGGGGUACGGAAUGAGCGAGACGACCGGCCCACACUUCAUGUCAGGACCAAACGUUUACAGGCUACAGAGCUGUGGAAAGGUAGUACCUGGGUGCAAGUUUAAGCUGGUUGAUAAAGACCCAGAAGGGAAUGGUGAAGUCUGCUGCUGGGGACGAAACGUCUUCAUGGGUUAUUUAAACAUGGAGGAGAAAACUAAAGAGGCGUUUGAUGAAGAGGGCUGGCUGCAUUCAGGGGAUUUGGGCAAAACAGACAAAGAUGGAUUUUUUUACAUCACAGGAAGGAUAAAAGAGCUGAUCAUCACUUCGGGCGGUGAAAACGUUGCUCCAGUGCCAAUUGAAGACCUUGUGAAAAAGGAGCUCCCCAUUAUUAGCUGUGCCAUGCUGGUAGGGGACAAAAGGAAAUUCCUAUCAAUGCUGCUUACUUUAAAGUGCAUCUGCAACCCGGAGACAGCAGAGCCCACCGAUGAAUUGAGCCUUGAAGCAAUCGCGUUUUGCCAGCAGGUGGGCAGUCAAGCCACUAAAGUGUCUGAUAUAAUUGGAGGGAAAGACAAAGCUGUGUACAAGGCCAUUCAAGAAGGCAUUGCCAGAGUCAACAGGGCAGCCGCUUCUAACGCUCAGCGCAUUCAGAAAUGGACGGUCCUGAAGAAGGAUUUUUCUAUCCUGGGUGGAGAACUUGGUCCCACGAUGAAGCUCCGGAGACUGUCAGUUCUUCAGAUGUACAGUAAUGAAAUUGAGAGUUUCUACAUUAAGUAAAAAAAAAAAAUAUAUAUAUACUUUUUCCAACUGAAAUCUUAGCUUGUUGUACUGAAUCUGGUAGAUAGUUUCAAAUUUAAUGUAAUUGUAUAUGCAAAGUUUAACACAGUAUUAGCAUAUGACAGUUAAAUUAUGAUAUGUCUAAAAUAACAGCUGCUUACCACAUAGUCCCAAUUUUUAUAUUUUGUAUUACAGUAGAAGUACAUUAGACAAAAACCUUUGAAUUGGAAGAAAAUGUCUGUAUUAAACAGCUUUAUUGAUUAGUACCUCCAUCUGCAAUGCUGGCACUUUGUUGAUUUAUGUUGUCUUAUAGAUCAAAAUAUUAGUUUUAACAUUAACCUGACUCUUACAUUACCCUUAACUUUAAGAGAUCUCCAUUCAUCUAACAAAAUUCUACAAUCUCGUAUUUUUGAUUAUUAUACGGUACACACGUUGUAAACGCCAAUGACUGAGUUCCCAGACCCAGAUUAGCACCACUAUUGGAUUACCUAAUGUUACCUUAUGUAAGGUAGACCAAGAGUAGCAUUAAUGGGGUCUGUGAAACCAGCCAGCAAAAAACUUUGAUGCCAUCACUAAUUAAAACAUAACGAUCUGCUUGUUGUGAUGUAUGGUAGCAUGCUCUUAAAAAUAGAUGCUUCUGGUGGCUAAACGGCAGCUUUGUAUCAUGACCAGACACUCUCCAGCUUCCCCAAGAAUCUAUCACAUCAGUCAUAAGCAACAAGGGACAAAACAUGCUCAGAAGAAAAGUCUCGUUGGGACUUUCCAUUGUGGGAGAACACACCCCUUCCUAAUGUUCCAGAAAGACUGCAGGCAUCAUUCUAGAAGAUGUAACAUUA